CCUCCCCUUCCCCUCGCGCCUGAGCGAGCGCCCCGGCGCUUCCCUGCCUCCUCCUCCUCCAGCUCCAGCCGCUGCUUGGGACUCGCCGCCGCCUUCGCCGCCGGUGGAUGCCGCCGGGAAGCGGGCGGAGCGCGCAGCCGGGGAGGGGGGCUGCCGCGGCCGCCGGAGUACAUGCCAGUGCCCUCUCCGCCUCUGCUUCGCCUCCGCCUCCUCCUCCUUACCAGAAUGCUUUACUUCCAGAUGGUGAUCAUGGCAGGGACUGUGAUGCUGGCUUAUUACUUCGAGUACACCGACACCUUCGCGGUCAACGUGCAGGGGUUCUUCUGCUACGAGAACGCCUAUCGCAAGCCUUACCCGGGCCCGGAGGAGAGCAGCGCCGUGCCCCCCGUGCUCCUCUACUCGCUGGCGGCGGGGGUGCCCGUUUUGGUGAUAAUUGUUGGAGAAACUGCUGUGUUUUGCCUACAAAUGGCCACGCGGGAUUUUGAAAACCAAGAAAAAACAAUCCUAACUGGAGACUGUUGCUAUAUAAAUCCACUGGUGCGCAGGACUGUCAGAUUCCUUGGUAUUUACACAUUUGGACUUUUUGCAACAGAUAUAUUUGUAAAUGCAGGACAAGUAGUAACUGGGAAUCUUGCACCACAUUUUCUUGCACUUUGCAAACCCAACUACACUGCUCUUGGAUGCCAACAGUUUACACAAUUCAUCAGUGGUGCAGAAGCAUGCUCUGGAAACCCAGAUCUGAUAAUGAAAGCCAGAAAAACAUUUCCAUCCAAAGAUGCAGCUCUGAGCAUAUAUGCAGCGACAUAUCUGGCCAUGUAUAUCACCAACACAAUAAAAUCCAGAGGAACAAGGCUAGCAAAACCAGUCCUUUGUUUGGGCUUAAUGUGUAUGGCCUUUCUUACUGGGAUCAACAGAGUAGCAGAAUAUCGAAAUCAUUGGUCAGAUGUGAUAGCAGGAUUUCUAGUUGGCAUUUCUAUAGCAGUGUUUUUGGUUGUGUGUGUGGUAAAUAAUUUUAGAGGUAGACAACCAGAAAAUGAACAUUCUCACAUGGACAAUCUGGCCCAGAUGCCUAUGAUCAGCAUCCCACGGGUAGAAAGCCCUUUAGAAAAGAACCACAUCACAGCCUUUGCAGAAGUCACAUGAUGUUGAAGCUGAUGUCUAUUCGCUGCAUUGGACGUCAUCUCUCUUCACAGUUCACUCAUCAUAACUGAAGCAUUUUGAAUACAAGAGAAAAUAAAACCAUCUGUUUUCAAGGCCUGAUUUAACAACCUAUGAAGAAUCUGCCUGAAAUAUCAAAAAAGUUUUUUUUAAAAAAAAAUCUUUCCAUCAUUUGGGGAUUAAAAUGGGGAGGAAAUACAGGGAAAGAGCAAGCAACAUAAAUAUACCAAUUUCCUUCUCUGGAUACAUUUACUUUUUUUUUUUUACUUAACCACAUGCAUAUCUGAUGGUACACUGAUACAUCUGAUUGAGUUGGACUCCUUUUUAAAAAAAAAAAAAAAUUCAGCAUGACACUUGUUCCCAUUCUGACAGAAUUCAGUGUACACAUUUUUCUAAACACAUCCUGUACUAAAAUGCCAUUUGCACUUUGUAUUCUGCUGUAUUUCACACACCACAUUUAUAUCUUAAGACUGGUGCUUCUGCUUUUGAAGAAAAACAAAGCCAAUUUUUACUGUAAUAAGUAUUGUAUGAUAAUUUUAGUAUAUAUAUAUAUAUAUAUUUAUUUGGAUAUUUUCCUGA